AUGAGCCAUACCAAAAGUAACCGAGAACUGUUCCUACAAUACUCAGCCACAGCCCCCAAACUGCUGGCCCACAUCUCCAAACUCCUCAUUGUCUGCCGAAACGCAGGCAUUCCCAUCCCAAAAGGCAUCAGGAAUAUCUUUGAGUUCACCUGGGAAGAGCUCAUCAGUGACCCUGCAGUGCCUACCCCAUCUGAGAUCCAGGAUCUAGUGAUCUCCUUUGGAGCUCCUUCGGUGGUGCUUGCAGAGGUGAUCCCAGUGCAGGUCCCCAUGCAGACCCAGCCACCCCCACCAACCUUCCAGCGGCAAUCCAUCCACCUGUUGACGGAGAGACUUUCCCUGAAGAUGAAGGCCAUGGUGGAGUCUGCCUCUGCAGGCGCCAAUCCUCUGGACAUCACCAAGCGCUUUGUGGAGGCCAGCCAGCUCCUCCAUCUCAAUGCCAAGGAGAUGGCCUUUGACUGCCUGAUUGGUACUGUUGGAAAAAGCUGCCUUAGUGCAGCACAGCUGGGGAAAGAAUCACCCAUGAACAUUUCUGCCAUGGGAGUAAACACUCCUUACCAGCUGGUCUACCAGACUUCCACAGCCUGUCUGAGCUUCUCCCUCGCUACAGGGAAGGAAUCCAAGAAGAAAGACACUGGAGGCAAAAAGGCUUUUGAUGAGAUCACACCCCCCCUCGCUAGAGUCCGAACCCCUCCUGAAAGCUCCAUCAUCGAGUUCCAGGACCCCUGUCCUGAGGCCCGGGAAAAGCUGCAGGAGAUGUGUCGCCACAUAGAAGCCGAAAGGAUGUUGUGGAAAGGGAGGAAUGCCUCCUGCCCCAUGAUUUUACGAAACUACAGGGCAAAGAUACCCUCUCAUUUAAUGUUGACCUCCAAGGGGGACUCUCACCAUCCUUCCACUACGGGGACUCAGGUUACUGCUUCCACUCCUCACCAGCCUUCCAGUCACCAUGCUCACUCGGGCCGCCAUUCUCAAGAUUUGAAAGGGCCCAAGAAGCCUGCCAAGCUGCAUUACACUUUCUAUGAUGGCUCUUCCUUCAUUUACUAUCCCUCCGGAAACAUCGCCAUGCUUCAGAUUCCUACGUGCUGCAGAGGGAAACCUAUCACCUGCCUCUUUAACGACAUGCCUAACACCGUCCUGGCUCUGUUCACUUCUGAAGGCCAGGGCUGUGUUUACUACAACCUGAAGAACUGCUGUCCAUAUGUCUUGGUUUUGGAUGAAGAAGGUGGAAUCACAAAUGACCAGAAGGGUUACAUAGUCCAUAGGUGGAGCUGGGCUAACAAGACUGAGACAUUGCUCUCUCUGGAAUACAAGGUGAAUGAGCAAAUGAAGUUAACAGUCUUGGGACAGGACUCCAUCACUGUCACCUUCACCUCUAUGAAUGAGACGGUAAUAAUCAGUGUGUCGCCCAAAAGCUGUACCCAUGCCACGGCGCAUGACAAACGGCCAGUUCGCAGAAUCAGUACCAUGGAUGAUAAGAUGUUAAAGAUAAACAGAGCCCUCGCUGAGAUCAAGAAGCGGUUUCAGAAGGCUGUGAGUCAGUUUAUGAACUCCGUGUUGCUGGCAGCAGGUCUGUUCACCAUAGAAUAUCCCACCCACAUGAAGGAAGACACAGAAGCUAGUUGGAUCAAGUUAAAAUCCGUGUCUCAUCCUGAACGGGCCCGUAAGACAAGUUUACACCAAGUAGAAAACGUUGUGCGAUCCCAGCCAGCCAAACCAGAUUCCUCAGUUGAGGACACAUUGAAGGAAGAGCCUGUACACAUGCCCUUGAUCCCUGUUCAAAAGAAGAGCAAGAAACUCCAAGCCAAAGUCAUAUCAAGAGUGAAGUUGAGAGAGGUACGAAGCCCCACCAGGUGGGCAGCCUCACCCUAUGACUGCCCACUGGUGCUUCGGAGGCUCAUUCGCAAGGAAGACAUCCGGGCCGGCUGCAAGUGUAUUGUGAAGGCACCUCUGGUGUCCGACUUGGAGCUAGAGCGCUUCCUGUCUGCACCCCGAGACCCCAACCAAGUGCUGGUAUUCGGGAUAAUGUCGAGUCAGAAUCCCAGUGGUACUGCACAGCUACAGUGGCUACUGGACACACUGUAUAGCCAUCGACAGCAGGGCCGUUCCUCACCUUGCAUCCAGUGCCAGCAUGAUCCUUACCGCCUACUGCGGUAUGACCUGGACGGGCCCCUGCAGAAGGAUCCACCCCUAAUGGUGAAGAAGUUUGCUGUGGUACACGGGAUGAUUUUGAUGUUUGCUGGUGGGAAGCUCCUUUUUGGGGGCUGUGUCCUAAAUGGCUAUGGCUUCAGCAAGCAGAAUCUGCUGAAACAGAUCUUCCGGGCUCGACAGGAUUGCAAGAUGGGCUACUUCCUGCCAGACAACUACAAAUUCAACAUGUCGACCUAUAUCGAAAGUCUGGAAGAGCCUGAUCCAGCAAAAAGAGCCCAAUCUGAAGAUUUCGAAGAAAGCAUCUCUUCAUUGGCGCUUGGCGACAAAAUGGAACAAAUACCUUCAACCCCACCCGACAAGUUGAAACAGCCUGAAGUGGAACUGCAGCCUUUCCCCAAGGACAGGAGGAGCAGUAAGAAGAUAGGUUUGGGGAAGAAGUCAGGUUCUAAGAAAUGA